AUGUCAAGAAAAAGUUCUCAAAUUCGUUCAUCACAUAGUAUUGCACGAGGAAAUUUAAAUGAUCUAUCAAAUAGAUUAUCAAAAGUUGAAAUAACUACUAAAAAUGUUCGAAAAAGCUCAACAAAAAAAAACUCUCUGGAUUAUUUUAUUGAAUCAAUAAAAAAAGGUCAAUUUAAACGAAUUGUUGUUCUUGUUGGAGCUGGUAUUUCAACAGCAAGUGGUAUACCUGACUUUCGUACAGCAGGUACAGGUUUAUAUGAUAAUUUACAACGUUAUAAUAUUCCAUAUCCAGAAGCCAUAUUUGAAUUAAAUUAUUUUAAUAGAAAUCCAAAACCAUUUUUUGAUUUAGCGAAAGAACUUUAUCCAGGAAAAUAUUUUCCAAAUAUAAAUCAUUAUUUUCUUCGUUAUUUAUAUGAUAAAAAUAUUCUUCAUCGUAUUUAUACACAAAAUAUCGAUGGGCUUGAAAGAAUGGCUGGUAUUCCAAAUGAUAAAAUAGUUGAAGCACAUGGAACAUUUCAAAGCGCAGCAUGCCAACGAUGUCGUCAAAAAUAUCAAUGUGAAGAUAUUCAUCAAGAUAUAUUUGAUGAUAAAAUUCCAAUUUGUUGGAAAACAUCUCGAUGUAAUGGAGUAAUUAAACCAGAUAUUGUUUUUUUUGGCGAAGAUUUACCAUCUCGAUUUCAACUUUAUCAACAAGAUUUACCUUCAUCUGAUUGUUGUAUUGUUAUGGGUACAUCAUUAGCUGUCUAUCCAUUUGCUGAUAUUAUUGAUUCAACAACACGUUCAACAAUGCGUCUUUUAAUUAAUCGGCAAUUAGUUGGAACUUUUUUAUCACCAAGAUCUUGUGAUGUAACAUUAAUUGGAGAUUUAGAAAUUAAUAUUAAACAACUUUUAACUAAAUUGGAUGCUCUUGAUUAUGUUUUAGAAUUAAUGAAUAGAGAGAAUGCAUUACAUAAGCAACACCAGAAAAAUUUUCCAAAAAGUGCACCAAUAGCAAGAACAAAAACUGGAUAUGACCGAUUAAAAGCUGCUGAAACAUUUCUUGAACAAAAACGAAAAGUUUCAACAUUAAAUUCUCAUCGUCAACAAGUUCAAUUCGUAGCUCAACCCAAUACUCAUGUAUAUAAUGCAUCAACAAAACUUAUGAUUGAAAAACAUAAUAAUGCUUUAUUAUUCAAUCGAAGACGAUCAAAAUCAGCUUUACCAGUACUUCCAUCAAAACAAUCAUCAUUGUCAUCCUCCUCCUCUUCCUCAUCAUCAUCAUCGUCAUCAUUAAAUAGUUCAUUAUCUGAAUGUGAAUUAAUGCCGUUUUCUUUUAAACGGCCGCCAGAUAAUAAAACGCAAGCUACAAGACAAAUCAUUGUGACAUCAACAACAAACCUUAAAAGAAAUCCUUUGCUAAAUGCAACCUUAAGAACAGUUUUGUGA